CUCCGGUUCUUGCGACUCUUUACCGCCUUUAUGUAUGUACCGUAUACCCCUCAGUCACCAGAAGCACAAUUUUGGUUUUUUUUUUUUUUAAGAAAAAAAAUUUACACUACGCCUCCACUCUCUCGGGAGUUGCAAUACUACCUCGAAAUGGAAAAAAAGUACGACAUGACUUUUGAUUGUGAUAUAUCGUUCUGUCUCAGUCCUAGCGGCUCAUCCCUACUGUACUAGCAGUAGUAGUGUAGUGCUAGUGGAAAACUGAACAGCACCCUCUUUCAACUCAACUCAACUCAACUCAACUCAACAGCCUCCUCGUGCUGUGCUCACUGCUCCUCGGCCGAAGACGAACAUAGCUGCAAGCAGGACACUAGUGUGUACUGUAAAAGGUGACCAGCAUAAGGAUCAGUCGGGCUGCUUUAACGGGCUCUCCACUGUCGAUGUCGUCCUAGGCAGAUCCCAACUCCACCAAUCUCCGCCUCAGGGUUCCUGACCCUCCUGUUCAACUCACCUUCCUCUUCUUACACCGACAUCUCAUCCCAUCUCCAAGGACCUAACAACAAGCACCGAGUUCGAGACUCUGAACGCCUCACCACCGACGCUUCAAAACACAAUUGUCUUGAGUCGUGACAGCUAAGGCUUUCUGGAACUCUGCAACAGCCAGGAACACCGAUCUUCUUGACUCAGUUCCCUGUUUCAACCUCCGUCUACCUCGUUAGCCUCGAUAUUCGAUAUACGCCGCCUUCUUAGCAUAACGCCAGCCAACACACGAUUCUUUGUUUCACAGUCACACUGGAAUCGCCCUAUACUGCCAAGUCGAGACUGGGCAAAUGCGCUAGAAGGACCUCACCCCCCCGAUCAUGACUUAGAAGGGUCCUCCAAAUAUUCCCGGCACCCGCAUCCAUCUCCUCCCAAUCCUCCCCUAUGUCGCGGCUUGAAGGAUUAUGGCGACGCUGUGGACGUGAUCGAGCCAAAGACUUGAUUCAUUGCUGCCGGCCUCCUUGACUGGCAUCGCCCUGCCAGGCGGCAACAUCAACAUGGAGGCUUAUUCUUACAACCACUCACAAGACGAAGACGUGCCCGACCGAGGGCCCGCCGUCUUCGUCGUCACCACGGUGACAAUAUGCCUGGCUACCCUCUUCGUCGUUGCUCGAAUGGUGUCUCGUAUUGGAAUCAUUCGCAGAGUCGGAUGGGAUGACUACAUCAUCAUCCUUGCCUGGCUCAUCUCCCUGGCCCUAUCCAUCACCAUUGACAUGGCCACGAGGCGUGGUCUAGGUCGUCAUGACAUGGAUAUUCACCCUCAGCACCGGCCAGGAUUGAGGAUGUGCGAAUAUGUCUUUUCCAUCCUAUACAAUCCGGCCCUUAUGGCCACCAAGACGUCCAUCCUCGUCUUCUACCUUCGCCUGGGCAAGAACACGCAAAAGGUCCUUCGGAUGGCCUCGUGGGCCGUCCUAGUGAUUGUGAACGUUGCUGGAACCAUCCUCACUUUCAUGAACAUCUUUCAGUGCAGCCCGCUGCGAGCUGCUUGGGACAUUACGGUCGAGUCGGCCAAGUGUCUGCCGUUAUUGACCGAGUUCAUAUGCUCUGCCCCCGUGAACAUCGUUACCGAUCUAGCUAUCUUGGCUCUCCCUAUUCCCGUGCUCACCGGCAUGCGUCUCCCCCCGAGACAAAAGACGAUUCUGAUCCUUACCUUUACUCUUGGUAUCUUUGUGUCGAUCGUCGACGUCGUCAGGAUUUACUACCUCCAGCAAGCCGUGGGUAUAGUAUCCAUGAACUUUUCCGACGACCCCAGCGCAAUCUACGGCCAAAGUGUGAAUUUCUCCUGGAACGCAUCAUUCUCCUUGAUGUGGUCGGCUGUCGAGGUCAACGUCGGCAUCAUCUGCGCCUGCAUCCCGACCCUGAAACCCCUGAUUAUCCGAAUCCUUCCUGCCAUGAUCAUCGACCCCGACGGAACUCGCAGCAGCACCCGGGAUAGGGACGCCGCCUUCAAGCGGGACAACUCGGACAGCAGCCAACCCGUUACCUCGUCGACGCUGAGCGACUCUCACGCAAGCGCCCCACAAGCUCCAGAGCAGGUCCGUCUAAACAAUGACCGACUGUCCGACGAGAUCUCCAUCAGAGACUUUUUGGCAGCGUCAGCCACCAACGAAAUCCCUGCAUUCGAAGGCAGGACGCCUACCUUCCCGGAUCGACGAAGGUUUUCAUCAGUCCAAGAGAACCAUAUCUACUUUGGUUUUGUGGAAAUGAAGAAGCCAAAGAGCAUGGUCAAAUCUUCGGUAUCGGAAUCACUCAAGUACUGCACCAUCGUCAGCAUCCUCUUUUUCCUCUGGGGCUUUUCGUAUGGCCUCCUUAACACUCUCAACAACGUCGUGGCAAACGUGGCUCACAUGAGCACGGCACAAGCUUUGGGCUUGACAAGCGUCUACUUUGGUGGUGGGUACCUCCUUGGACCUCUUCUCGUCGGAGGCUGGCUGCUCUGCCACGACGAACACCGUCGGUUCAGAAGGAGAAGACGUGGCGAUAUCGAACCCAUUGGUGGCUUCAAGGCCACCUUCAUUGUGGGCAUGCUCAUCUACGGCGUCGGAACCAUCAUGUUUUGGCCGUGUGCCGUCCUCUCGGCCUAUGGCGGGUUCAUGGCCAGCAGCUUUGUUGUUGGGUUCGGACUGGCCGUCUUGGAAACCGCCGCCAACCCCUUUCUUGUGCUCUGCGGACCACCCGAAUAUGCCGAUAUGCGACUGCUCCUAGCUCAGGGCGUACAAGCCGUCGGAGCCGUCCUGAGUGGUGUGCUCGCUAACAACGUCUUCUUCCACAAAAUCGAAGAACGAAAACACAGUCCCACUACUUUGCUUGACGUCCAAUGGACCUACCUCACCAUCACCCUCCUCUGCGUACUACUCGCACUCUUCUUUUACUAUUCCCCCUUACCCGAAGUAACCGACCGCGAACUCGGCCGGCUCUCCGAACGCCUCCCCGUCGAACCCAAGAAACGCUCCAUUGGCGGUGUGUCGCUACGAACGUGGUGCAUCCUCCUCGCCGUCUUCUCCCAAUGGUUUUACGUCGCCGCGCAAGAAAACAUGUCCGUCUUUUUCACUCGCCUCAUGACUACCUUCUCCCCAACGCACGAGCCCUACCCGAACUCGCGGCCCGAAGGAUUCGAAAUAAGGACGCUCAACUACCUCGUCGUAUCACAUACCGCCUUUGCCAUCUCCCGCUUCAUUGCCGCCUACCUUUGCUAUUUACAUGUGAAGCGCGGGCCCACAAGCCGCUUCAUCCCAACCCCGCGCACGAUCCUCAGCAUCUGCGCCGCCCUAGCAACAGUCUUCAUCUUAGUGACUGUCGUCUACAAGCCCGCCUCCAACCCCAACCUCAUGGCCAUCCCCAUCAUCCUCUUCUUCUUCUUCGAAGGCCCCAUCUGGCCACUCAUCUUCUCCCUCGGCAUGCGCGGCCAAGGAAAGAGAACAAAGCAAACAGCCGCUUGGUUAACGAUGGGCGGCUCCGGUCCGGCCUUUUGGCCUUUUGUCUCGUACGCUAUCUUGCAAAGAGGCGCAAGCAUCCAGACCUCUUUCAUUGUCGUCGUCAUUCUUAUGGCAAUGACCAUGGUCUACCCCCUUUUCCUCACUUUUGUUCGAGACGCGAGAGAAAUGUCUGAUCAUGUCAUGGACACCGCUGCGCAGAAAAGACGGCGAAGCGGGGAUGUUGAAGACGGUGGUGGUGGUCUUGGCGGAUUAGGAGGAAGGGGAGUAUUCCUUUCUGAGCGCAGAGGCAGCGAAAACCCGAUGACGCUUGACCAAAUCAUUGCCCAACGCCAAAGAGAAAGAGUAAAAGCUGCACAGAAGGCAGCAAGAGCGGAGAAUGGAGGAAUGCUCAAGAGGUUAUCGCGAAGUAUGGGGAUCGGCACUGAGGAGACCCCUGAUGAGAAUAUUAAGGAUGAGAAGAGGAGGUCUCGGCAGCAGCAACAGCAGGGUCAGGGACAAAUGCAACAACAUUUGCAGCCAGAGAUGCAGUAUGAGAAACAGUCAGGGAAGAAGACUAGUGGUGAAGAUGAACCGCCUCGUAAGGAAGGGGAAAGCGAUGAAGAUCCCAUGAGCGGAGCGGACGAGGCGAGGCACCCGAAUCCACCGGCUCCAGAGACUCCGGAAUGGGAAAGGCAGACAGCACCUUGGGACCUUCCGCAGUUACAGCUGGAUACGCGAAUUUUGGAGGAUUGAAGAAGAGAAAGUAGAGAGAGAUACCUGAUACCCUUAUGAUUGAUGAGUUUAUGCGGAAACGAAAAAAGGAAUAUACCAGGGCGUCAUCGGAUGGAUGGAUGGUAAAGGGAUAUACCACCAUAAACAUACGCUGUGCGCCACGGGCUGAAUAUCAGGAUAGGCGUUGGUCAGAGCGAUCAUAAAAGUACAUACAUACAUCAACGCACUGCACAUACAUACCAUACCAUACCAAUACUUGCUUGGCACGCUUAAGAUACCCCCUUAUAUAUAAUACAAUGC